AUGGCCUCUUCCCAGCUAUUCAUCAUCCUUGCCAUCGCAGCCAUUUUCGUCCCUUCAAUUUCUGCAGUUGAAUUCAUUGUCGGAGAUGAUAAAGGCUGGACCAUUAACUUUGAUUACCAAACUUGGGCCAAAGGAAAGGUCUUCCAUGUUGGUGAUAAACUUGUGUUCAAGUACCCACAAGGAGCUCACAAUGUGCUCAAAGUCAAUGGUACUGGCUUCCAGCAAUGUGAAGCACCGGAAGGCACCCUCGCUCUGACAAGUGGAAACGAUGUGAUACUUCUAGCAACCCCAGGAAGAAAAUGGUACAUCUGUGGCGUUUCAAGGCACUGUGAGGUUGGUAACCAGAAGCUCUUCCUUACUGUGCACCCUCAAGGUUUCUCCCCUACUCCCUCUCCCCUUCCUAGUGAAGUUCCAUCAUCUCCGGCGACUGUAGGCUCUGGGGAAUAUGGCUGGAAAUCGCCGGUUCCAAGUCCGAGUGCAGAGCCACCAUAUCCUGGAACAGCAGGCAGUGAAUCACACUAUUACUGGAACUAUCCUCCAUCUUCACCUUCUCCAGCAUAUCCAGGAGCUGGAUCUCGUACUACUAAUAGCUGGAUUUCUCGAUGGUGGUAA